GCCUCUUCGCAGUUGCUUGCUUCCUCGCCGAGCGCAGAGAUCGUUAGAGGAAGCAGCGGUUGUUCUCGGCGCUGCUGCUCCCGGUUCGACCGCUCCACUCUGCCCUGCUCCGUUUCGUUCAACCGCAAAACUUCUCACGGGGCCGUUGCAGAGAGGAGGGGAGCGAGAAGGAGAGAUGUGGGACCUGGACGCCGGGAUCCCACCCGCUAUCGCUUCUACUGCGCAAAGGAAAACACCUUCAAUUGGUUGCAAAGACUUGUUGGAUGGAUUGGGUUCCAAAACUCCAUUCCAGUGGGACUGGGGAAGCCCAGUAGCAUUCACUGGUAGGGAAAUUGACAUCCCUAAGGAUGCACAAGAAAUAGACUUGAGAAUUGAAGAUUUAUGUUCAUCCGGCUGUGGUGCCUCCUCUGUUCUAGAAUUGAGUAACUGGUCCGACAAAAGCUCUUUGUAUGCAUCCAUAGGUUCUCUGUCUGAUACUGAAAGGAGAAAGCCAGAGUUGAAUAUUCAACCAACAGAAAGGACACUUCAAUUCUCAGACAAGAUUAUUUACCCAUGGGUAGUUGAUUCUCAAACUUCACCGAUUGCAGUGGAGACGGGCCACCCUAAGGAGCCUCUUACUGGUUUGAAGCUUGGAAGGAACUUUGAGGAUGUUGAUGCAGAGAAUAACAUCAAAAACUUUCCCUCUGCAUCUCUGGCGUCAAGCUCAGCAACAAUCAAAAAGUCCAGGUUGUCUCAGCAGAACGUACUGAGCCCUUAUUGCCUUGUUGAUGGUUGUAAUAUUGACCUUACAACAGCUAAGGAGUAUCAUCGCAAACAUAAAAUCUGUGAAAGCCAUUCAAAGUCUCCUAAGGUGAUCAUAGCUGGUCAGGCACGCCGGUUUUGUCAGCAAUGUAGCAGGCUCCAUGAUUUGUCAGAGUUUGAUCAGAAAAAGAGAAGUUGCCGCAGGCGUUUAUAUGAUCAUAAUGCACGUCGUAGGAAGCCACAAACAGCUACAAUCUCAUUUAGUUCGUCAAGCCUAUCUAGAUUAAAUUAUGAUGAUGAACGUAAGAUGGAUCUUGUUUUUGGUCAGGCGCCUAUGGGUAGUUCCUCAUGGGAUGGUCUGACCAGUUUCCAUUUACGUCAACCGGAAGAGUCUCGGAUAAAGUCCAAUAAAGCCGGAUGCACUGACAGGCAGCUGCAGUUUUCUACUACUCGAACACAUAUUGGUUCUACUGCUUGCGAUGAGUUGAACAAGCUCUUACCCUCCAAGGGCACCACCGCUGAGGUCCUCAAUCAAGAUAUGGGAGCAUUUGUUUUUUCUCCCAACUCUGAAAGAGCAUUGGAUCUUCGGCAUGCUCUCUCUCUUCUGUCAAAUGAUUCUUGCGGCCCAGCAGAGCGACUGCAAAUUUCCGGUAUCAAGUUUAUUGAUGCAAACCACACAAGCAUCGCUGAUCCUACAACCGGUAUGGUCAAUUCAACACCAGGAAUGCUACAAGACCAGCAACCCCUUGUGCAAUCGACUCUGCUGUCAUUCAACUCGCAAAAUAGCAAUUACCAAUUCCAUCUGCUGCAAGCACCACAUGGAGGCUCUCUUUCAGAUACCCAAAAACUCCAUAUGCUUGACCAUUGCAUUGAUUUUGAUUCUGAGGUUUCGUUUCAACGUUAGAUCUCUAGCAAUUCCUUUUACUGAUGCUACUUUUGGGCUCAUCGACUCAUCCUAUUUGCAACUGAUGAAUGGUCCCAAGUGUGGAAAACUCAUUCCUUCGCCUCGCUUUGUUGAAUAAAGCAAGCAUGUUGAACUCUCAACAAGGUUCUCAGCAAGUUGUUUGAUCAAACAUGUUUGCACAUUUGCUCUCCAAUCGUGUAUUUUGGUACUUUGCUAACUUGCUACUUCUUGUGAACUUCCAUCCAUUGUGUUCGUGUAGAUCUCAAGUUCAACCUCGUGUACAUUUUUUGCUAAUAAUAAUAUUUAUUCAGAGAAA